UGAUCUUGUGCUAUAUAAAACUCAAAACCCACAGGGUAAGGAGGUUAACAUCUCUAAUACAACAAUACUUUAGAAACCAAAGAGACAUUAUAAACGAUUGACCUUUCACGAUUUAGUUCAAAACUAUUUUCUGAAAGAUACCUAGUGUUAGUGUUAGCUUUUACCCAGUAGAGCCUUAAUAUUAGCCUUAUCAGCUGAAGUGGCUGUGAAAUGAUGAAUCUCAUGUUCUUCAUACAAAAUGUAUUUCAUAUAGCUUAGGAAAAAAUUUAAUCCAAUUGAAAAUGCUAUAUAAGUUUUUGUGUGUUUUUGUGUGCUAGUAAGGCUAAUAUUAGUCUGAAGCCUGCUUAGGCUUUAAUGGGUGAAGAGAAAAACAGGAAUCUGCUGUAUGUGUGCAUGCAUGUGUGUGUGUGUGCAUGUGUGGCACAUUGUUCAUUACAAGAUCAAGGAUGCAUUUUAACGUGUGUAUGCGCGUGUCUGUGUAUGUUUACUCUGACAGAUAAUAAGAACACCAAUAACACACACGAUUUGCAUUUUAUUGAAGUGUUUACCCUGUCAAGCCCCUCAUUAUAUCGCUGCUUUGGGUCCAUCUAAUCGGCUGUUACUUCUGUGCAGUGACACACACCUUACAGGGUGAUAUGAGCUUGUGCUAUAUGACCUGCAAUGGGCUUGAUUAUUCAUGUUUUCAUAUCCUGAACCAAAUUUUUAUAGUUUUUUUUCUCUCUUUCUUUCUCUCACUCUUUUCUAGAUCUAUGACAUGGAUUGAAUCCAGCCUUCAUCCAAGACAAAACAUAUCCCUAUGGUUGCCCUAGUUCCUUCCAUCAGGAGUAGCAACCAGCUUUGGAAAGUUCUGCUUCUUCUUCUUAGUUCUUAGCUAUUCUUCACUGGAGAGACUCUACUAGUGAUCUAUCUGAGGAAAGUGGAGGAAUUUCCAUAGUAUUUAGGGGGACGACAGAACGAUUCAUCUGAUAGAACUAUUCAUUAACCAAUGGAUUGGGUUGAUUGGGAAACAAUCACUCUUAUUGGGUAAAACUUGUUUUAUAAUGGCUUACGUAAGUGUUAAAUUAUUGCAAAACCUGCAUCUCUCUUGACAGUGUAGCUAUGAGCAGCAACACAGAGGCAUGAUGGAUGAGUACAACACCACUGCCGAGCUUUUCCUCUUUAACAACACGAGAAGCUUGGACACUUCAGAGCCCUGGGAUGAAGCGACACGACUAGGCCUCCAGAUCUCUCUCUCGAUCAUACUGGCUAUAGUAACUUUGGCUACGAUGCUGUCCAAUGCUUUUGUCAUUGCCACCAUUUUCCUGACACGCAAGCUGCACACACCUGCUAACUUCCUGAUUGGCUCUCUGGCCCUGACAGACCUGCUUGUGUCCAUCCUGGUCAUGCCCAUCAGCAUCUUGUAUACAGUGAGCAAGACUUGGACACUUGGGCAGGUGGUUUGUGACAUCUGGCUCUCAUCAGAUAUCACCUUCUGCACAGCAUCUAUCCUGCAUCUGUGUGUGAUUGCGCUGGACCGGUAUUGGGCCAUCACGGAUGCGCUGGAGUACUCCAAGAGGCGGACGACUGGGCGGGCCGCGCUCAUGAUUGCAGUCGUGUGGGUGAUCUCCAUCUCCAUCUCCAUGCCCCCGCUCUUCUGGAGGCAAGCCAAGGCUCAAGAGGAGUUGACCGAAUGUCUGGUCAACACGGACCAGAUCUCCUACACGCUCUACUCCACUUUUGGAGCCUUUUACGUGCCUACCGUGCUCCUCAUCAUCCUUUAUGGGCGAAUCUAUGUGGCUGCCCGCAGUCGGAUCUUCAAGACACCAGCGUCAAGGGCAAAACGAUUCACUACGGCUCAGCUCAUCCAAACAUCGGCUGGCUCGUCCCUCUGCUCACUCAACUCCUCAACCAACCAGGAGGGGCAUCUUCACCUAGGAGGACCAGGAGGUGGAGGAGGAGGGUCUCCAAAUUUCACAAACAGCGUUAAGGUGAAGCUAGCAGAUAGCGUCCUGGAGCGAAAACGUUUGUGUGCAGCGAGGGAAAAGAAAGCCACAAAGACACUGGGCAUCAUCUUAGGAGCCUUUAUCAUCUGCUGGCUGCCCUUCUUUGUAGCAACACUGGUCAUGGCCAUCUGUAAGGAGUGCUGGUUCCAGCCAGAGCUGUUUGACUUCUUCACCUGGCUCGGCUAUCUCAACUCACUUAUCAACCCUGUGAUCUACACGGCCUUCAACGACGAAUUUAAGCAGGCCUUCCACAAGCUUAUCAAGUUCAAGAGAUGCUAAUGACACUUCCAAACUGAGCUCUAACUGAAGAGGGUUGGUGUAUCAGGCACGAGUGUAGAACAUUUUGUCUGGCAUUUAUUUUGUUGUAUUCAAAUACAAAAUACACUGUCAUUAUUCAUGAUGUUUGAUCAUGAUGCGUUUUUGUACAGUUGAAUGACCAUGAGACAGCUUGUAAAAAGUUGUGCCAAACUGUGGAUGUUACCCUGUAGAUUUACUUAUUAUGCAUGUCUCAUAGUCUCUGGUUCAUCCCUUAGAAAAUAUUUGUCAUGUAUCUAUAAGCAAUUACAGAUGCUAAGAGCCUUACCAAACAAAACAGGAGGACUCAGGAGAUGUUGGAAAACAUUAAUCUGGAAUAGCCUUGGAAAAAAGGAAGUUAUGCUUUUACAAAUACAUGGUAUAUAUUGUAUAUAGUCUAUA